UUUAUUUAUUCGCCAAAAAAUCCCCCCGCCCGGCGUCCCUAUGUUGUCAAGUAGGAAGCGUACUUUUGAGCCACAAGUGACCAGAACAUGUCACUGAUUAACUUAAGUGAUGAUCGUUUUACAGGCGUGUUAUCUGCAAAAUUAUUCAAUGGCAUAUUGAGAAGAAAAAUAGGUGUUAUUGUUUAAUAAGAACGAAAUCAGGAUGUCAGAGCGGACUCCGCUCCUCCACUACCGUCUGUUGACCAGCGUCAAUGAAUCCGAACGGCGGGCUCCUUCAGCCGGCCUGGCCCGGGAGAAGACGCCGGCCGGUCCCCGGCCCAGGUUCUCCUACUCGAAGCAACCGAAGAAACUGUCCACCUUCUUCGGUGUGGUCGUCCCCACUUUGCUGUCGAUGUUCAGCGUGAUUGUAUUUCUGAGAAUAGGUUUCUUGGUUGGCCAAUCUGGACUGUAUCAGGCAAUUGCCAUGUUCAUUGUGGCCUACUUCAUAAUCUGCAUGACUGUGCUGUCGGUGUGUGCCAUCUCCACUAAUGGCGCCCUGGAUGCUGGGGGGGCCUACUACAUGAUCAGCAGAGCGUUGGGUCCAGAAUUUGGAGGCAGUAUUGGAAUCAUGUUUUUCUUGGCUAAUGUGUGUGCCUGUGCCUUUUAUGUGCUGGGUUUGGUCGAAGCCAUUGUUGCCACAUUUGGUGUGCCAGAGGAUGGGUCACUGGCAACAUCUUCACACCAAGUCCUGCCAUCAGGCUACUGGUGGUCUCUUCUUUACGCCACAGCUAUCGCCCUGCUCUGUUUGCUUGUGUGCCUGGUCGGUGCUCACAUCUAUGCCAAGGCCACCUUCCUUAUCUUCCUGGUGGUCAUCUUUGUCCUCGGCACCAUAUUCAUCAGCUUCUUUGCAGUACAUCCUCGCACCAUCAUCCUACCUGUUUCUGCCACAUCCGACCUAGUGGUAAAUGGAACUGGCCCGACUACGGCAAACUUUACUGGCUUCAAGUUGGACACCCUGCUGGGGAACCUGUGGGCUGACUACACUGUGGAUUACACAACUGGAAAUUUGAUGACCUUUGCCACUGUGUUUGCUGUGAUGUUUAAUGGCUGUACUGGCAUCAUGGCGGGAUCCAACAUGUCAGGCGAUCUAAAAAAUCCAAGUUACUCCAUUCCACGUGGCACCAUCACUGCUGUCAUCUUCACCUUCAUCAUCUACAACCUGCUCAGCGUCCUUGUUGCCUGCUCUUGUGACCGAGAGUUACUUCAGAAGAAUUACAGUUUCCUCAGAGACAUCAACAUCUGGAAUCCUUUUGUGACCAUUGGAGUUUAUUCUUCUACCCUCUCAGCAGCCAUGAGCAACCUCAUUGGCGCCUCACGCAUCCUCUACGCCUUGGCCAGAGAUGACUUGUUUGGUAAGGUGUUGUCUCCUGCUAAGAAGACAUCUAAUAGUGGCAACCCCUGGGCCUCUGUGCUUCUUUCCUGGUUUCUUGUACAACUCGUGCUGUUUUCGGGGAAGCUCAACACAAUUGCCAGUAUUGUGACCAUUUUCUUUUUGCUGGUUUAUGCUGCUGUGGACUUGGCAUGCCUCGCUCUGGAAUGGGCCUCAGCACCUAAUUUCAGGCCCACUUUUCGAUACUUCACCUGGCAUACGUGCGUGUUGGGCAUUGUGGGCUGUGCCGUCAUGAUGUUUCUUAUCAACGCUAUCUACGCCUCGGCCAGCAUCGCAUUCAUGCUGCUGCUGCUUCUGCUGAUUCACUACCUCAGUCCAACCUCAAGCUGGGGCUACAUCAGCCAAGCUCUUAUUUUCCACCAGGUGCGCAAGUAUUUGCUGAUGCUAGAUGUGAGAAAGGACCAUGUCAAGUUCUGGAGGCCUCAGGUUCUGCUGAUGGUUUCCAACCCUCGUAGCAGUACAGGCCUCAUCACAUUCAUCAAUGAUAUUAAAAAGAGUGGACUCUACGUUCUGGGACACGUUCAACUCGGAGAUCUCAACACGUUGCCCUCUGAUCCUCUUCAAUCCCAGUAUGCCUCCUGGUUAACCCUGGUGGACUAUCUCAACAUUAAAGCCUUUGUCAACCUGACAUUGGCUGAUUCAGUACGUCACGGGAUCCAACACCUCCUGUUCAUCUCUGGACUAGGUGGAAUGCGUCCCAACACACUUGUCUUAGGUUUCUAUGACGACUGUUUGCCAAAAGACAAGCUCUCUCAAAGUCAGUCCACAGAUCUUUCAGCAUCUCAAGAUCUUGAGCAGCACACCACUCCCUUCCAUUUUGGUUCCCUUCGGCGGUCUAGUAACGGUACUAAAAAGGAUAACGCCCACGACGGAAAGGUUCUAGGGGCCGAGGAGUACGUAGCAAUCAUUGCGGAUGCCAUGAAGAUGCUGAAGAAUGUGGUUCUGGCCCGUUAUUUUAACAACUUUGACCGAGCAAAGGCUCUGUCAGCGGCCUCCUCUCCGGGUAAGAGUUCCGUCUACGUGGACGUGUGGCCGGUCAAUCUGCUGCGUCCAGACAGCUCCAGCUACGUGGAUACCUGUUCUUUGUUCUUGCUUCAGCUGGCAUGCAUUCUCAACAUGGUGCGAUCUUGGCGCAAAGCCACACUCCGUCUCUUCCUAUGUGUGGAGGAAGGGCGGACCGUGAGUGGCUCAGAGGAGAAGCUAGGACAGCUGCUGAAAGAAUUGCGAAUAAAAGCUCAAAUCUACCCUGUGCCUUGGGACCAGCAGGUGGCACUACACUGGCAGCGACAAGGCGGGAGAAAUGGAGAAGAGAACAAGCAAGCGUCAGAAUCUUUCCAAACUGUCAAGGAAGGAGAGAGGCGGAGGAACGAUGAAGAGGAUGCCGAUGAUAGUUACGCCAAUAGCUUCCCGAGCAACACUACGCGCCUAUCAGAUGACUACUUGUCAGCGGUCAAUCAGCUGAUCCUAGACCAGGCACGGCCACCACCGACUGUGCGCUUUCUGUACCUGCCCCGCCCCCCGGCUGACACCCGCCGCUACACUGCAUACUUGCACCAGCUGGAGCUGCUGACACAGAACCUGGGCCCAACUUUGCUCAUCCACGGUGUGACGCCUGUCAUCACCACUGAUCUCUGAACACUUCCGCUCGCACGCACUAAGCUGUGACAGGCUUAGCGUUGAUCUUGUCGGCUGCUGUUGUGUGAAGGUGUGAAUUCCUGUCCCAAGAGCUGACUGACUAAACUGACCAAACGCUUGACAAGCUCAAUAUGGACCAAACCCGAAAAAAGCCCAACAACUCAGAAAAUAUUUUUCCCGGGAUUAUUUCAAAUGACGAUACCUUAACUUUAUUUACUUUAAAGCGGUACACAAAGCAUUGCACAAAAAUACUAUAAUGCAUCGAAACAGGAUUGUGGUCUUCAGGUUAAAAUAGUAUGACAUGAUUAUGUUUUUUCUGUACUGGUUAUAUUAUUUAUAUGUGUAACAGUACGCCAGGGGUACCUAUGGCUCGCGAGCCAGAUGUGGCUCUUUUGAUGACUGCAUCAGGCUCUCGGAUAAAUCUGAGCUGACAUUGCUUAACAUGAUAAGUAAUGAAUAAUUCCACUUGUAAUAAGUGUUAAAAAUAAUGUUCAAAACAUAAAACAUUCUCAUGCAUUUUUAGUCCAUCCAUCCGUUUACUACCGCACCUGUUCAAGAAGGUUCGUUAAGAAGUUAUUUAUUUAUUAUUGGUUAGUGUGGGGCUUGUUCUCCUGGGGGUUCUUCAGACCACCAAGCACCGACAUGAGAGCCCGUUUCAGGGUUACACUAUUGUUUUAUUUUUCAAUAAGUCCCUCAGUUGCUUUCCAGCAAUUGUAUUUUUCUCUUUCGUUCUCGCUCGUGCUCUGGCUUCAGCCCCAACCCUGUCUCUCCUCCUGGCUGCUGCUUAUAACAGAGCGACAGGUGAUUAGAUAACAAGGCUCAGGUGGGCCAUCCACGCAGCUCUCGCUGAUUUCGAGGCCGGUCCUGGCACACCCCAGUUCGCUGCAGGCCGGUGGGCCACGCCCCCUCCAUAGUUGGCUUCAGAAUAACAAUGUUAUUACAAAGAAUAAGAGAACUAUUAUACUCUAGAAAUGUUGGUCUUACUUAAACAUGGACGUGUUUAGUUGUGUUCAGUGUUAAAAAAAAUAUAUUAUAUGGCUCUUACGGAAAUACAUUUUAAAAUAUUUGGCUUUUUGGCUCUCUCAGCCAAAAAGGUUCCCGACCCCUGCAGUACGCCAUCAUCACGAUGCCGCCGGUUAAUUUUCGGUAAAUUGACAGGGGAACUGUACUUUUUUGGCAAUUUGAUCCAUCAUCCACAAUACCUAUGGGGGGAAAGAACACACAUCUAUUUCUUUCUAAAUAGUAAAAAAAAAACUUCUAACUAGAGGCGGCUAACAAUGUAGGUGAUGGUGAGUGACCUAUUUCUCCUAUAAAAACCUUUAAAAAAAACACCCAACCAGGUUUUAAAUGAAUGGGAUAAGUAUGUAUUUUUAUGUAGUAUCAGGCACAUUCAUGAUAAUAUUUACAGUAUUUUGGUCACUAUAAGCAUUAACAGAACUUUUCUCCUGGGUGCAUUGAUUUCACAGAGCCCAUAGCAACAGACGCUACUUCCGUCAAGAACUAUUCUUACUACUACUAAUCAUGACAUACUUUUUGAGAGAAAAUGAGGACUACUUUGGGACAAUUAAGGAUCUUAAACUUUAUCUUUUUGAACCUGAAUAUACAAAAGACAAGCUAAAAAAUGUAGAAGCCGGGUGCUAAGGAGAUCCAGCUCUAGUGAAACACUGAGCUUCCUGUAGCACUAAUGAUAAGUGCUAAACAAGAAAUACAAACAUAAUAUAUCAAAACAAAACAGGCACUUACCAAGCCAAACGCACUAGUCACUGGUGGGAUGUUUAUAUCUUUCAGCACGGGGUUGUGCUCCCCGUUUAGUUGGUGAAUUCAGCAUAAUCCAACACUCCUCAGGUAAAUAAUGCUGGGUUGAAAUGAGAAACGUACUGCAUCUUCCUAGCGAUGUUUUCGGGUCUAAGUAAAAUUUCAAAGUUGAUCAACUUCUUGGCUAAUGGCCACAGCGUUCUGUAUGGGUUUGAGACAUGAUUUAUAAUGCAGCACAAACUUUUACCAACUCAGAGGCAAGGCAGCUGCAGCUCAGUAGCUGUGUUACCUUUUGCAAGUGGCACAAGGAGCAGUGGGAAUGUCUCUAUGAGCAAUGCGCUGUUUUACUACACUAGAAAAGUAGUUAUUUAGCAUUAUUGCUUAAAAAGGAAUGUCCUUAUUGAUAUGCGUUUCUUCACAUAUAAAUGGAACGUUGUUGGCGGUUUUUGGAGGUUUUAUUAGAGGGCUUUAUAGUCGCAAUAAAAGACUUCCCUUUAACUGCAUUGUUAGCUACCUUGUGCUAGCAGUUUUUAAGUAUUUAGAAAGCACUGAAAAGAGGAGUGUGUUUUUGUCCCACACAAAGAUUGUGAAUGAUUGGAAAAAAAUCCAAAAAAGUACAGUUUCUGUUCAGGAAACGCGGUAAACAGCUUACAUGAUUUAAAAAAAAUUAUAAAAUAAAAUAAAAACUGCUGGUCCCAAAACAAAUGUAAUACAGAGAAAAAUGAAUGGAUAUGAGGUCCACUUUUAAUACUUCUUGUGCCAUAGAGAUGCAAAAGCACAUCCAAUAUAGGUCAAUAUAAGCUAAGCUAUGAACAAAACAACUUUGUGCUGACAAAGCAAAUUAAUGUAAUAUCUAGUCAAACAUCUUAGCUAGAUUUUUAGAAUAUGCCAAGGACCAAUUAACUAGCCACAAGCCGAUAAUUGCUGUGGGGGCCACACUUUUGGCCUCCCUUUCCUGUCACUCACGUGUAAUGUUUACCAUGUUGGAAAUCAAUUCGCCUCUACCAUAUGAUAUGGUUAAUCCGCUUAAAAAUACAUGUCGUUAUGAGGGAUGGGUACCAUAUUCGGUAUUUUUAUAGGCACCCACCUAAUUCUGUCGGUAUUACCAGUAAUCUACUCACCUAUAUCAAAAAAUCCCUUAUUUCAAUAACUUUGUUGCCCUUGACAUAAGGUCCGGUUGCAGACUAAACAGCGGCUCAAACACUUGGCAAGGAAACACGAUUUCAAGCAGCGCUCAAAGCAGACUCAGCUUAACUGCCUCUCAUAAACGUUUAUAUUUUUAAUGCAAACAAAACAAGUAUGUCUGAUCAAAAAAACGCUCGGACAUAAAGUAAGGCUCCACUCUUCGAUGCAUUAGCUUGAUUCUAAUUUUUGCUAUGCCAUAGGCAUGCUACUGAUUAGCAUUAGAAGUUUUACAUGGCAGUUUCAACACCUCCAAAUUUGAAAAUGAAGAUUACACCUAGAAUGGCCAUUAAAUCAAAAAGCUAGUGUGUGUAAUAAGUACAAUAAUUACAGUAUAAACACUUUGUAGGGUGCAACAUAUUAACUUAAUAGCUAAGACUACUAGGCUACACACCGUAGUCUGUACACUACUGCCAUCUAACGUCUUGGAAUUGAAAAUUUACUCUAUGAUACUUGCAAAUCAGACUCAGAAAUGUAAUAAGAAAACAAGCUGUAACAACUGGUCAGCACAGUUAUCAUCAUCUGCACAAUCUGAAAUGUUACAAUAAAAGAUGAGAAUGUAUUGUAAAAUAAUUAACAUUUCUUUACACACACAUGAAUACCGAACAUUGGUAUCAUUGAGUACCAGUGUGGAUUCCUAGGUACAGUAUCGGUUCAAAUGGGAAGGUACCCGCCUGUCUAUUAUAAAGAGCCUCCAUGAGUCAUAUGAUAGCAACAUAGGAACAUCUGCACUCAUCAAGACUACCACCUUCUCUCGUCUCAUAUAUUUCACCCUACACUUUAAAGACUUUUCCACUGUUCGAUGCAGUCUGAGCUGAAUUUGAAGUGUCCUCUUGCUUCCCUGGUGACCUCCUUUUUUUGCAAGGGGUUAAGGAGAGGUUACCCCGUCUCAUUUCUUAAAACGAUCAUUCCGUGUGCCUUCUGAUCAAAAAAGUACCAAACUUGUAAGCGAUUAAAAGUCUGGAACUAGUCAGGUCUAGAUAGAAAGUUGGACUGCGUUCAUUUUUAGAGCGGGAAUAUUCAUGACAGCUGCUUUUACCAUUUAGUCUUCUUCUUGUGUUGACUUUCUGUUCACACCUCUCACGUUAACGGUUCAGUUUUGACCUGUGUCUUAAUAAUAAUAAUAAUGAUAAUGGAUUUUAUUUGUAAAAAGCACUUUACAUUGAGUAAACAACCUCAAAGGGCCACAAUGUAUUAAAAACAAUAAAAAUUAAAAUAUAAUAAAAAUCAAUAAAAAUAAAAACUAGAACAGCCUAAUAGCUAGAACUAGUAUGCAUAUGUCUUUGAAAAGGCUUUUUUAAAAAGAAGGGUUUUUAAGCCUUUUUUAAAAGAAUCCACAGUCUGUGGUGCCCUCAGGUGGUCCGGGAGAGCGUUCCACAGACUGGUAGGGGCGGAUCAGAAAGCCCGGUCUCCCAUUGUUCGUAGCUUUGUCCUCAGAGGUUGGAGGAGGUUAGCCUGUCCGGAGCAGAGGUGUCUUAAAUCAGCUGCUCAGUGUACGAAAAGCAAUUUACAUGUCUGUCUUCUUAUUUAUGUGCAGGUGGCAAAAUGAGAAUUCCUUAAGGCUCACGUAAUAGGGAUAAGAGAUAGAUGUCUUGGCAGUAGACUUAUAAAUUCAUCUUGAGUUCUUAUUAUUGCCUUAUAAUCAUAAUUUUAUCACUGGGUCGAUAACGACAAUACAAAUGUAAUCAUUUCAAGCACACUAUUUAAAAAAUUGUAAAAUGUUAUUAAUUGUUUUAAUUUUCUUGUAUGCAUUUAAAACCUAAAACAGGUCAGUAUCGAGCCUAACACAAGAGGAAGGUUAAAUUACAUAGGAAAAAUACAUAAAUGUUGUCCACAUUUUUGCAGUUGAUGAGAUUUGUUAAUCAGAUUCAAUCUAUUUACACAGGGGUUAUCAACAUAUUUAAUCACAUUACAUUUUGAAAUCAUACGUUUCCAGAUCGGUGCAUUGGAAGGGACGGCCCAAUUCCCUGAUUUCCCUGGUUCAUUAAAUAUGAUCAAUCCCCUGAACUUUUUCUCUUGGGUUAUGCAUAUUGUGUUAAUAAAUAUACAGGUUGAUUGCUACCAUUGAUCAGGCUAUGCUACAGUGAACACUGCAAGAAAUUGAAAACCCUCUGAAAAUAUUCAGGCAUCUAAUGGUGCCCAUGAAGAGGUGCACUAAUUCCUUGGUUUUCAUUUGCACCAAAAGUAUGUCUCCGUUUUCAUACACUGUCCCGUUUUUAGAACAAAUAGUCACAUUGGUGACUCAGUCUCUGUUCUUACCUUAUUUAGUAUGGGUGUAAGUAAAAUAAUCCAUCUCUGUUCUUACCUUAUUUAGUAUGGGUGUAAGUAAAAUAAUCCAUUAUAGAACCAAAUAAAGUUGUAGCAUAAUAGUCCAAUCAAAGUCAACCUUAGAGCUUUAGAGUCUGUAUUUCCAGAGGUUCAGCGAACAGAACACACUGCUCAAGGGCUCAGGGGUGUCCAAACUUUUUAACCUUGGGGGCUACAAAAAAAUUUAGCUGGGAGCCAAAAGCUAUGUAUAUAUAGCCCAGGGGUCGGCAACCCGCGGCUCCAGAGCCGCAUGCGGCUCUUUGAUCACUCUAAUGUGGCUCAGCUGCAUAAUUUUGACUUAGCUGCAUAAUUUCCGACCCCCCUAAUAUCCCGACAGAUUUCCGGGGUAUAAUACCUCACUCAGAUAUCACCCGGGGCCAACAUUCUCCGAUAUUCAUCCAGUCGACAUUAUAGAGGGCGUGCCCUGAUGGCAAAGCUUUAACAGUCCUCUAAAACUUGUCGUCGCGCCCACUUAUGUUAAUUGAUUGAUUGAUACUUUUAUUAGUAGAUUGCACAGUACAGUACAUAUUCCGUACAAUUGACCACUAAAUGGUAACACCCGAAUAAGUUUUUCAACUUGUUAAUCAAUUCAUGGUAUACACAUAUCUGCGUGCCAGCCGGUCACAUGUAGCCUCUGUUGAUACACAACAGUGACUGCAAGGCAUACUUACUCAACAGCCAUACAGGUUACACUGACAGUUGUGAUAUAAACAACUUUAACAGUCUUACUAAUAUGCGCCACACUGUGAACCCACACCAAACAAGAAUUUCGGGAGAACAUCCGCAUUGUAACACAAUAUAAACACAACAGAACAAAUACCCAGAAUCCCAUGCAUCCCUAACUCUUCCGGGCUACAUUAUACACCCCCGCAAGCACGAACCUCCGCCCCCCCCAACCCUGCCCACCUCAACCGACGCACAGAGGGGGGGGAUUUGGUGCUAGCGGAUGUGUAUAAUGUAGUCCGGAAUCGUUAGGGAUGCAUGGGAUUCUGGGUAUUUAUGUUUGUCAUUAUUGUUUGGUGUGGGUUCACAUUGUGGCGCAUAUUAAUUAGUAAGAGGGUUAAAGUUGUUUGUAUCACAACUCUCAGUGUAACCUGUAUGGCUGUUGAACAAGUAUCCGUUGCAGUCGUCUAAGUGUGUCUAUGGAAGCUACUUACGACUCGUGGCUGGGCUGUGCUAGAUAUUUGUACAUGUUGUAGAGGGCGGUAAAGGCAGCGCCUUCAUAGCACGCCCGUAUUAUGUUGAAGGGCAAAAAUCAGCAGACAUUCGUGAGAAUAGUUGCUCUGAAAUUCGUCAGUCUCCCGGAAAGUAUAGGAGGGUUGGCAAGUGUGAUGCUGUUAAUUUAGUUUUCUUUACUUUGUGAAACGGGUCAAAAUGGCUCUUUGAGUGGUAAAGGUUGCUGAGCCCUGAUAUAGCCAAUACAUCUAUAUGUGUACAUAUAAUAUUAUUAUAAUGGCUAUAUAAUGAAUAUAAUUGGAUUUUUAGAGUAUGUGAAACUUCGACUCCUACCUUGUUUACUUCCAUGACGACCUCCCUAAAGAUUUGUUGUUAAUCGGAAAUAUCAAGAAGCUAAAAUGCGCCAAACGUGGAUAAGUCUGGAGAGCGUUCUGCAUUUUCACCCGAAUUUAUUGUAAUAGAUUUAAAUUGGGGUAAUUUUGAAUUUGUUGUGGGGCUUGGACAUUUGUUAUGAUAUCCACAAAGUUCAGUGAACAUGUUGUGUAAUGUUUUUGUGUUGAUUACAUUUUUUUUUUUUUUUUGCGCCAUGAAUAGGUAAGGUUGUUUGGAUUGGGUCAUAAAAGUAAUUGCUGUGCUGAACUCAAUUGAAAUAGGAGUUCAUGGUCAUUGACCAGAUAUACUCGCAAGAUAGUGGCAAAUGUGCAACAAUAAGGUUACCAGAUAUUUUAAAUUAGUUGGGACACACCCCACGGGCCAGUUUCCUCAUUAAACUCAUGACGUCUCACGGGCCGAACUGAGGUUGCAGUUUGGACACCCCUGGUCUUACAUUACCAAGGUAAUAUGGUGCUUACAGGCUGUCCUCAGUAGUGUGUAAAUUAGAUUUACAUUGUUUCCAACUGGAAACCUGCUAAGUGGCCUAGUGGUUAGAGGGUUUGCCCUGAGAUUGGUAGGUAGUGAGUUCAAACCCUGAGUCAUACCAAAGACUCUAAAAAUGGGACUCAGUAUCAAGAGUUGGAAUUGGGGGGUUAAAUCACCAACAAUGAUUCCCGGGAGCGGCUGCGCUACUGCUCACUGCUCCCCUCACUUCCCUGGGGGUGAGGAUGAUGGGUUAAAUCAGGGGUCUCAAACAAGCGGCCCGCGAGACUCUAUUUGGCGGCCCGCACCUUAAUAUGUAAUUUAAUGUUGGUGCGGCUCGCGAGUUUUACAUGAAUGGCGCUUUACAGCGUCAUACUUGUAUACCCUCGAUUUUUCCGGGAAACUCCCAAUUUUCAGUGCCCCUCUAGGGGUAAACAUUCACCCGAAUUUCACCCAAACAACAAUAUUAAGGGGGCACCAUGGAGGCACUGCCUUUAGCGUCCUCUACAACCUGUACAACUUGUGCCAUCCCAGUCACGUUGUAUUUUGCUUCCGCAGACGCUGUAAGCAACUGCAAGACAUAGUUGAUUAACAGCCAUACAGGUCACACUGAGGGUGGCCGUAUAAACAACUAACACUGUUACAAAUAUGCGCCACAAUGUGAACCCCCACCAAACAAGAAUGACAAACACAUUUUGCGAGAACAUCCACACCGUAACACAACAUAAACACAACAGAACAAAUACCCUGAAUCCCUUGCAGCCCUAAGUCUUCCGGGCUACAAUAUCCACCCCUGCGCUCCCCAACCCCGCCCCCUAUUGUAGGUGUUAGUUGCAUGUUAGAUUUUUUUAAGAAAUCUCUUCUUGCGACCCAUCCUUACCCAGUUUCUGCAUCCAGUGGCCCCCAGGUAAAUUGAGUUUGAGACCCCUGGGUUAAAUGCACAGGAUAAAUUAACUUUACUUUAAAAAACGUUUCUGUUUUGACAUGUUUUUUCAACUGACACUUUGUGAUGGAUUAAUGACAAAAACCGAGGUACCACUUUAUAUUAAACGGGGGGGGGACUUCAGUAUCAUUUCGUGACUAUUUCCAUGAAUUGGUCCAGUAAUACAUUUGCUUUGCAUUUUUUUAAAUAUGUGGUUCGGUCCAAAUGAGGCUCAGCUCUCUACAAUAAUCGUACAAAGUUCAUAACUGUAUUUAAUUCAUUGAUUGUACGUAUUCAAGGUACUUUACAUUAAGUAAUGCCUGAUUAGCUUGAAUCAGGGGUCACCAACACAGUGCCCGCGGGCACCAGGUAGCCCGUAAGGACCAGAUGAGAAGCCCGCUGGCCUGUUCUAAAAAUAGCUCAAAUAGCAGCACUUACCAGUGAGCUGCCUCUAUUCUUAAAAUUGUAUUUAUCUACUAGCAUGCUGGUCUCGCUUUGCUUGACAUUUUUAAUUCUAAGAGGGACAAAACUCAAAAAGAAUUUGAAAAUCCAAGAAAAUAUUUCAAAGACUUGGUCUUCACUUGUUUAAAUAAAUUCAUUUAAUUUUUUUUUUGCCUCAUAUAACUUUCAGAAAGACAAUUUUAGAGAAAAAAUACAACCUUAAAAAUUAUUUUAGGAUUUUUAAACCUUUCCACCUUUAAAAUUCCUUCCUCCUCUUUCCUGACAAUUUAAAUCAAUAGUCAAGUAUUUUUUUUCAUUGUAAAGAAUAAUACAUUAUUUUUAAUUUAACUCUUCAUUUUAGCUUCUUUUUUUUCGACUAAGAAUAUUUGUGAAAUAUUUCUUCAAACUUAAUAUGAUUAAAAUAAAAUAAAAAUGUAUUCUGGCAAAUUUAGAAAAUCUGUAGAAUGAAAUUUAAAUCUUAUUUCAUAGUCUUUUGAAUUUAUUUUAAAAUUUUUGUUCUGGAAAAUCUAGAAGAAAUAAGGAUUUGUCUUUGUUAGAAAUAUAGCUUGGUCCAAUUUGUUAUAUAUUCUAACAAAGUGCAGAUUGGAUUUUAACCUAUUUAAAAAAUGUCAUCAAAAAUAUAUAUUUAUUGUGAGAACUCAUUAAGAUGAUCAGUGUUUCCACAAAGAUAAAUAUCAUUAAUUAUUAAUAAUAACAUAGAGUUAAAGGUAAAUUGAGCAAAUUGGCUAUUUCUGGCAAUUUAUUUAAGUGUGUAUCAAACUGGUAGCCCUUCGCAUUAAUCAGUACCCAAGAAGUAACUCUUGGUUUCAAAAAGGUUGGUGACUCCUGGCUUGAAUAAUGAAGUGGCAAAAUUAAAUUAUAUAAUUUUAGCCUUUUUUAACACAGAAUAUGUUUUAUCCAUGCACCCUGCUUGGCACUCAGUAUCAAGGGUUAGACUUGGGGGUUGAAUCACCAAAAAUGAUUCCCGGGCGCGGCCAACACUGAUGCCCACUGCUCCCCUCACCUCCAAGGGGGGUGAUCAAGGGGGAUGGGUCAAAUGCAGGGGAUAAUUUCGCCGCACCUUGUGUGUGUGUGACAAUAAUCUUUGCUACUUUAACUUAACUGUGACCGCAAAUGAUUUACUCCGUAGGAACAUUCAUCGUCCUUGAUUUGUUGAUGUGGUUUUAAAAAUGCGUGAAAAGCAACAGCCAAUUCACGAACUGACAUGUUUUUCUUUGCAUUAGUUUGAUGUCCUUCAGUUGAUGUUGAAUGUGUUUACUUGCAGGACAUUUCAUUCUACUCCAAGAAGUGCACUCCUUUAGUCAACCGUGAUUUUUACAUUUUCUUUGUCCAUGAUGUUCAGCUUCAAAGUAGAAGCGCUCCUUUAAUGAAGUGUUAAGUGUUGCUCUUGAUCACUGUGGAAAUGUAGAACAAAAAUAGGUGCUCAAUGAAAUGUAAGCCAGGAAAAAUAAAGACUUUUUAAGCACUCA